CGCCGCGCGCACAGCCAAGAUGGCGGCGGCCGCGCGCGCGCUGCGGGGCCUGCCCCGGGCCCUCAGUGUCCCCAGCGCCGCCCGGCAGCUCCACUGCAGCCCCGUGUGCCUCAAGGCGCGGGCGGCGCGGGUGCGCGCGGGCAAAGGGGACAAGGCGGUGACCUACGAGCAGGCGCACGCACCCCAUCACAUCGGGCACCGCAAGGGCUGGCUGUCCCUGCACACCGGUAACCUGCGUGGCGAGGCGGGCGCGGCGCAGCGGGCGCUGGAGGACGCGUUCCUGCGGCGGUUCCUGGCCGGGACCUUCCCGGGGCUCCUGGCGGACGAGGCGGUGCUGAAGCGCCGCGGGAACCUGCUGGUGGUGUGUGCCCUGCUGGGCCGGGCACUGCCACCCCACAAGCUCUACUUCCUGCUGGGCUACGCCGAGACCCUGCUGGGCACCUUCUACAAGUGCCCCGUGCGCCUGGAGCUGCAGACCGUGCCCGCCCGCGUGCCCUACAAGUACCUCUAGGGCUGGGAAUUAACCCAGAAAUGGCCCUAAAAUAAUGCCCCAUAAACGGCCCUAAAGGUGCUCUGGGGUAUCCUCGGUGUGCCCUACAAGUACCUCUAGGGCUGGGAAUUAACCUAGAAAUGGCCCUAAAAUAAUGCCCCAUAAACGGCCCUAAAGGUGCUCUGGGUUACCCUCAGUGUUCCCUACAAGUACCUCUAGGGCUGGGAAUAAACCCAUAAAUAAAUGAUCCUAAAGGAA